CUAAGCUUUCCUUUCUCCUCAUCUCUCGAAACUCUCCUAUAUAAAGCUCUAUCAAUCUUGUCACAAAUUAACAACGGCAGAAUACGAAUAUACAGUCGCAAACUCACGAAUAAAGCAUUUAUGGGAACUGUAAUGGGGAUCGAAAUGGAAGGAGAAACGGGAAAGGUCGGUUGCGACGACGGCGGUAGCGACGGUGAGGCGGUGGAUUACUUUUACAUGUUGCCGGAAGGUUGCAUAGCGCAUAUUGUGUCGUUGACCAGUCCACAAGAUGCUUGCCGGUUGUGUUUGGUGUCGUCCAUUUUCAAAUCGGCAGCCGAAUCCGACGCCGUUUGGGAGAGGUUCCUCCCGCCGGGGUACAAUUCCUUCAUCUCUCGCUCUUCCUCCUCCUCCGUCGAUUCUUCUGAUUAUCGUCGUUUGUCGAAGAAGGACCUCUAUUUCUCUCUCUGCGAUUCGCCUGUCCUCUUUGACGAGGGUAGAAAGAGCUUCUCAUUGGACAAAAUGAGUGGAAAAAAAUGCUACAUGCUAUCAGCAAGGGCACUCUCUAUUGUUUGGGGUGACACUCCAAGGUAUUGGGCAUGGAUUCCUACCCCAGAGACCAGAUUUGGAGAUGUGGCCGAGCUUAUUAGCGUCUGCUGGUUCGAAAUCCGGGGCAAGAUUGACAUUCGAAUGCUGUCUCCGUCUACAUUGUACACUGCAAAUUUCGUGUUCAAGCCCACUGUGGGUGCUUAUGGAUUUGAACUUCAAACACUAGAUGCAAUAGUUGGACUUGUUGGAGGGCAGAAAUCUACGCGCUCGGUGUAUUUAAAUGAUGUAGCAGAGCAAGGGAGUCGUAGGAGUCAGAUUGUGCCGCGGCGUAUGGGGCUGUUAUUUCGAAACCGCAGAAACAUGGAGACAGAAAUAUCGACACCCAGAUCAGAUAGGAACAGGAAUAGGGAUAUAUAUAGUAAUAAUGAGCAUAACCGUCCAAAAGAGAGAGGAGAUGGGUGGAUGGAAGUGGAGCUUGGUGAGUUUUUCUACGAUGGAGGACAAGAAGGGGAGUUGGAAAUUAAUGUUUUGGAAGUGAAAGGUGGUAAUUGGAAAGGUGGUCUCAUUGUUCAAGGGAUCGAAAUCAGGCCAAAAAAGAUCUAGCUUAAGCUAGUACUUGAAAUAUAUGUCCAUUCUUAUGUACAUAUGUUCUGACAGGUUAUGCUGAAGUUGUAUAACCAAACUCAUGUGUUCUGCAAUAUUACCAAGACCAUUUCUAAGUUGACCAUAGAAAAAAGUCUAUGGUGUUUUGGUCUUCUGAAAUGUAAUAUUGUUCUUUGUGAUGUUAUUUUUCUUUAAUUACUUCCCAUCUUUUGUAAUACUCUAUCCAUUUUCUAAAUGCAACUAUUUUUCCUCAAGAAAUAUGGAGUCAGGUUUACAAUUAAAUUUAGAAAUACAGUGAUCUUUAGUGUAAAA